CAUCAAGUCUAUUUCAUCUUUAUUCUUUUUCAUUAUUUUCCCACAACUUCAGUCUUUACGCUCUCUUCUGAAGAUUAAAUUAAUUAAAAACCCGAGUUAUGCCACCCAAAGAGAAUAGCAAUAAUAAUAAAGAAAACACAAAAGAACAAGGCAAACGAAAAAAGAUUGUCAAGGCAUGUAAAGAUUGCCGAAGAAGAAAGGUCAAAUGUGACGGUGAAAUGCCCUGCAGUACUUGUAAGAGGUCAUCCAUACAGUGUGUGUUCGAAUCAAGCACACCUAAAAGAGGAGCCAACAAACAUUAUAUUGAAUCGUUAGAGAAUAGAAUACAUGUAAUGGAAAGAGCACUUCAUUCACUAGGAGGAAUGCAGCUAAUUGAAGAAGCAGUCAGAAGGCAACAGAUGAUAGAAGAACAGCAGCAGCAACAGCAUCAAGGAUUCAAAAUAAAUGAUAAUAAUAGGUUCUUGCUAAAUGAAAUAGGAAAUCCAUACUACAUUCAAGAUAUUUUACCAGGGGAUUUUUCAUCCACCAGCAGUAGUACAACAAGCUCAUCACCUAAUCAACAGCAGGACGAGUUGAUUCAGUACUUUAUGAUCCAAAUUCAGCCUUAUUUUCCCAUCUUUGUACCUACCUAUUUUAAUAGACUCUAUCUUGCAAAUGAGAUACCUCAUAUACUUAUUUACGCUAUCUGUGGGCUAUCCUUAUUCUAUCAACGAGAGGACGGGGAAGAAUAUAUUCAGAGAGCGAUGAUCAUGUUGGAUGAAGCUAUAGGAAAACCUUCGAUCAUGAUUAUUCAGACUCUCUUGAUCCUUUUAAAAUAUUCAGAAACAGACCACGAAAAGAGCAAGAGUCUAUUAUCAAGAAUCACAGAGCUAUGCAAAAUGCUGGAUCUAAAACGACUAGUCUAUCAACAAGAUAACGAUAGUAACGGUAGUGCAGAGGCUCUGGAGACAAGGAAAAGAACCUUUUAUAUGGUAUUAAGAUACAAUGUCCUUUUAUGUAUGGAACAAAAUUUGGAAAUUGAUAGUUAUUUCAUAAAGGAUACAGCUGCACUCAGGACGAGUGAUGAUUUCGUAUUUGAUUCUUCAGUGAUUACUUUAUCCAACAUUUACCAGCACUUACGCAGAAUUACAAAAAGACAGGACGCUCAACAGGAUAGUAGGAAUAAUCAGCAGGUCGUUGAAGAAAGUCUAUUUAUUAUGCAGCUGCAGCUGAUGAUAGAUAAGGAUUUCAUUCAAUUGCCUCCUAUCCAUCAAAAAUUAAAGUUCCCCGCAGGCGAAUUGCCCUUGAAUAUCAACGCAAUAACAAGGCUUUCCCAUAUUUAUCACCAUUUAAACAUAAUCCUACUCCAUUUCCACUACUCAAAAUAUCCAUUACCUCAGCCAUCGUCCAUUAAUAACGAUAUCAUUCAAUACCCUCAUCGAGACCUAUCCUUGGCAUCUUCGUCUAUCUUGAUCAGACUAUUGGAAGGCAUGCUGGCUGAGAAUAUCUAUAAAUUUAUUCCACGAGGUGUUCACUUUCUACUGUACUGCAGUCACUUGGCUUCAACAGUCAUCCAGCAACUGGAUUAUAUGAACCACUUUGAUGAAUAUCAACGAUCGCUAAAUCUUAUCCAGCGUAUCACCUGUGCCAAACAACAAAGGCGGUUUAGUCAAAUCCCAGCUUCUUUACUUCAACUUUCAUCUGCGGACGUAUCAAAUUUAUCGAUUCAAUCACAACCUCAACCACAAUCACAAUCACAAUCGCAGCCGCAACCACCACAAUCACAGUCUCAACAACAACAACAACAACAACAGCAACAUCAGCCACUUCACAAUCUUCAUGCGGCUCCUCUACAGCUUAACACAAAGAAAUCACUGCGUACGACCUCUUGUGUUGACCUCAGGUCCGUCCAACGACUUCACUCUCAGCAACAACCCACACCCAACUUUACCCAACAUCGUAAGCCGGUCGCCUCGGUCAUUUCGUCUAGUACGACAUCGACAAACCCUGCUCCUUAUCGCCACGCUUCGUCUCCAACACUCAAGGGCCACCCUUCGCCUCCUGGUAUACCUUACCCUGUGGUCCACGAAAUUAUACCUCAAACUACCCAAUCAUCGCUUCUUCGACAACCAGGCAAGAUGCGAGUUCUCAGAAAGAGUUCGUCCUUACAUGGUCUAUCUAAUACUUAUCGACAACAGCAACAACUGUACCAUCAACAACAAUUACUACAGCAACAACAACAACAACAACAGCCAAUGAUGCCCAUGUUUCAACAUCCAUCACCUCUUGAUCUACAUCGACCUUAUCAACCAACACUCUUGGAUUAUCAAGAUGUCAAAAUGGGGUCCAAUGAACUCAUGGAUGAUUUUUCGCUUCAGCCUACUGAUUUUAAUUUUCUUAGUCAUCAAAUGUUUAAUGAUGAAAGAACAGAGGGGCAUCCUCUACUUUAA